AUGGCCUACGUGCGUACGCACCUCCUGCCGCCGCCGAAGGCGAAAUGGAGCGUGGCGGACAUUCCCGAUAUUUCCGGCAAAGUCAUGAUCGUCACCGGUGGGAAUGCGGGGAUUGGCAGAGAGACGGUGAAGGCGCUACUCAAGCACAACGCGAGGGUAUACAUGGCCUCGAGGAACGAGACCAAGGCUCUCGCCGCGAUCGCCCAGCUACAAAGAGAAACGGGACGACAAGCGAUUUUCUUGCGGCUUGACCUGGCGGAUCUGAAAAGCGUACGGGCCGCUGCGCAAGAGUUCAUGAGCAAGGAGACGGUGCUGCAUGUGCUGUUCAACAGUGGCGGCGUUAUGUUCCCCCCCGUAGAGCAGCUGACUGCGGACGGCUACGACCUGCAAUUCGGCACGAACGUCCUCGGUCACUUCUAUCUGACACAGCUACUAAUCCCGGUGCUGCUCUCGGGCGCGUCGCACUCGCCGGAGGGGCGGGUGCGGGUGAUCAAUACGUCGUCGACGGCGCACACGUGUGUGUCGGGGAUCGACUUUGACACGCUCAAAGAGCACGCGAAGCGGAAGAAGCUCGGGACGCAGAAGCUGCACUUCCAGAGCAAGUUUGCGACGGUCGUUUUCUCGAACGAGCUAAAUCGUAGAUACGGCGACCAGGGGAUCAUCUCGACCUCGCUACACCCGGGUAACCUGAGGACGGAGGCACAGAGGCACGUCUCGUCGAUUGAGAAAGUGCUGUCGGCGCCGCUGCUACACUCGGCAUCAAUGGGUGCAUUGACACAGUUGUGGGCCGGGACGUCUCUAGACGGGCUAGGCCUUGGCGGAGAGUAUCUUGUGCCGUGGGCGCGGGUGGGAGAAGCUCGGAAAGAGGCGACGGAUGCGACGUUGGGGAAGAAGUUGUGGGCGUGGAUGGAGGAGCAGGUACGGGAUGUGUAG